GCGGUAGACGGGCCUGACCUAGCGUGGUCUCUGGCUUGGGCUGUGGGUGCAAUUGGGGCAGCGCCGGUGGGUCGGGGCUGCUGAGUCUCUGGGAGGCGUAGGGACUCUCCCUCCCAUUUCUUGCUCUUUCCUCCGCCUUCUCUGUGUGAUUCUCUUGAUGCCACUUUCUGUGAAGACUGGCUUUGUUUUCACUUACAGUUUUCAUCAACAAAGUCUUCAUCCAAGAUUGAUUCCUGUGUGUUAUCAAGUCAGUGGUAGUUAACCACAGCACAUGCAAGCUGAGAAAUCCAGUAAGGAGAUGUAUUGCUUCUCUUAACUGUCCUAAUUUAAUGUGGUUAAAGCCUGUUUUGAGGUUGUCUUGGGCGGAAAAGUGAAAAGAAAAUGCUCCACAUUAGCCGAUGUCAGCAUCUGAAACAAAUAGCCCAGAAAUAUUUUUCUAGUAUACCUAUUAAAACAGAGAAACAUGCUCACCGCUCUCUGCCUCUCUCAAGGACCUCUCCAUUUGCAGAAUUAAGGAAGUCAUGGCACUCAACCUGUUCUCUAGUUGGGGACAAAAAUAUUAUCCUGAUGGGACCACCCGGUGCUGGGAAAACAACAGUAGGCAGGAUAGUAGGUCAGAAACUAGGUUGUUGUGUCAUCGAUGUGGACGACGAUAUCCUUGAGAAAACCUGGAACAUGAGCGUGUCUGAAAAACUGCAGGAUGUUGGUAAUGAGCAAUUUUUAGAAGAGGAAGGAAAAGCUGUGUUAAACUUCUCUGCAUCUAGAAGCGUGAUCGCCCUGACUGGAUCCAACCCGAUGCACGAUGCUAGCAUGUGGCAUCUGAAGAAAAAUGGGAUAAUCAUAUACUUGGAUGUGCCCCUCAUAGAUAUUGUCAACCGCCUAAGGUCCAUGAAAAUAGAAAGGAUUGUAGGUCAGAGUCCAGGAACGUCUAUGAAAGAUCUACUGAAGUCUAGAAGAUGUUACUACAAGAAGUGGUUUGAUACCCGUGUGUUCUGUGAAAGCGGAGCUUCCCCCGAGGAGGUCGCCGACAAAGUGCUCACUGCAGUUAAAAGAUACCUGGAUGCAGACUCAGAGACAUUCAUCUCCACGAGACACUUUGCCACCCAAGGCUGUCAACAGAAGGUUUCAGCAAAAUUCUUCAGCGAAGCUGUAAUUGAAGGGCUGGCCUCUGACGGCGGGCUCUUCGUGCCUGAGAAGGAGUUCCCAAAAUUAAGCUGCGGGGAAUGGAAGAGCCUCGUGGGAGCCACCUACGUAGAGCGGGCACAGAUCCUGCUGGAGAAGUGCAUACACCCUGCCGACAUACCCGCCACCAGACUGGGAGAGAUGAUUGAAAAUGCCUACGGGGAGAACUUUGCCUGCUCAAAAAUCGCCCCCAUCAGGCACCUUUCAGGGAACCAGUUCAUCCUGGAGCUGUUUCACGGACCCACAGGAUCCUUUAAAGAUCUGUCUUUGCAACUGAUGCCUCAUCUGUUUGCACACUGUAUCCCCCCGACUUGCAACUACAUGAUCCUUGUUGCCACUUCAGGGGACACCGGCAGCGCCGUCUUAAAUGGCUUUAGCAGGCUGAGUAAGAACGACCAGCAAAGAAUAGCUGUGACCACAUUUUUCCCUGAGAAUGGUGUGAGUCAGUUUCAAAAAGCUCAGAUAAUCGGUAGCCAGAAAGAAAACGGCUGGGCCGUGGGUGUCAAGUCAGAUUUUGAUUUCUGCCAGGCAGCCAUCAAGAGAAUUUUUCAAGAUUCUGAUUUCACUGGCUUUCUGACCAUGGAAUACGGAACAACCUUAAGCUCAGCUAAUUCCAUAAACUGGGGGCGGCUGCUGCCCCAAGUGGUGUAUCAUGCUUCUGCCUACCUUGAUCUUGUCAGCCAAGGAUUUAUUUCCUUUGGAAACCCAGUCGAUGUCUGUAUCCCCACGGGAAACUUUGGGAACAUCUUGGCUGCAGUGUACGCCAAAAUGAUGGGUAUCCCUAUCCGGAAAUUCAUCUGUGCCUCUAAUCAGAACCAUGUGCUGACCGAUUUCAUCAAAACAGGCCAUUACGACCUGAGGGAAAGAAAAUUAGCACACACCUUCUCGCCGUCCAUUGAUAUUCUCACCUGUUCAAACCUGGAACGGCAUUUACAUCUGAUGGCUGAUAAAGAUGGACAGUUGAUGGCCAAGCUGUUUAACCAGCUAGAAGAGCAGCGCCACUUCCAGAUCGAAAAGAUCCUCAUGGAGAAGCUUCAGCGGGACUUGAUCGCGGACUGGUCCUCGGAGGGAGAGUGCCUGGCGGCCAUCCAUUCCACCUACAAUACCUGUGGGUAUAUCUUGGACCCACACACUGCUGUUGCCAAAGUGGUUGCAGACAGAAUGCAAGACAAAAGCUGCCCAGUGAUUGUGUCCUCUACAGCUCACUACUCCAAGUUCGCACCUGCUAUCCUGCAGGCUUUGAAGAUUGAAGCAAUCAGCCAGACUUGCUCAAGUCAGCUUUACCUACUGAACUCCUACAAUGCAUUACCCCCACCACACGAGGCCUUACUAGAGAGAAUGAAACUGCAAGAGAAGAUGGACUAUCAGGUCUGUGCUGCAGAUGUGAAUGUUCUGAAGAGCCAGGUAGAAAAACUAAUACAAAGCCAAUUUCUAUAAAAGUUUCCUGCAGGGGGAAAAAAAAAACAUUUUUUUUUUCUGGUGAGGGGCAUGCAGUAAUAAACCACAGAAAUUGAUUUGCACUACGAUUGCCCUUUGUUUAUAAGUAAAUGAUUCUAUCUGUA